CUAGGCAGAAUUAAGAUUUCCAGAGCUCAACUUCAUUCAAACAGAACUUUAGACGCAAAGAUGCACGGCAAGAGUGUGGUCCUCCGCAGCUCCGGAAUUCUGUCCGCAGCUGAACUGGCCUGCCAGGUGUCUGAGAAGGAUGAGUUCCGGAAGGAAUCAUUCAAUGCUGAAUGGAAAGAUCUGUCUCUCACCUCAAGGCCUGAAGAAGGCUUUUCUCACUCUGAGGUGGACGAUCAGUGCAAAGAAACCUACCACCAACAACAGGAGGCUUGGGCCAUAGUUCAGCGAUCACCAUGGGGCAUCCUCCGUCUGGGUCUGCUGGGUGAGCCUCUGGUCUCUUACCAUCUGCCUUAUCAGCGAGCUCUGCCUUUGCCCAUCUUCACACCAGCCAAGCUAAGCACCAAGGCUGAACAGGAGCUGACACCAACUCCAUCAGAGUCAGUGGAGUCACUGCCAGUCACAGGUGUCUGCCCUGAUAAGAAACCUGUGUUUGAGAUCACCAAAGAGUUGCCCCUUGUUGUCCAGCCAACCUGUCCCGACUUCAAAAAAGCGGGCCUGCCCCGCUCACUGUCCCGUUCUAUGUCUCAGGAGGCCCAGAGGGGCUGAGGCAACUCAACUACUCUCCCAUCUUGAACUGGCUUGGACGCCUUGGGACACUGUGCCUGUUGCUGCAUGAGGACAAUCUGAAGGGGC